AUGAUUGCCAACCUGCCGCUUCUAUUUGCCAACGGCAAUCCGACAGCGCUGUCGAAGAUAUCAGCCAAGGAGUUGGAGAAUUUCAUAACAUUCAUGGUGACAUGUUCCUGGGGACACGAUACCGCGAAAGACAUCCUUCAACCGCCGUGGUGGCCUAAAGACGUACGGUUUUCGCACCCAUUCGUCAGGCCUGUCGAAAGACCCAGGGAUUGGGAAAUAAAGCUUAAAAAUUUAGUGAAGAAAUGUUACGAGUACCACAAGAGCGCUUUUCUGUUGGUGUUUUCAGCUCAGCUCGCCAGGUAUCCGCGUAACAGGCUGAGGUAUGUCGACAACAAAGACCACACCACAUCAUUGUAUUAUAGACCCAGCGGUAGACUAUUAGUAACAUUCAGAAACGAAAAUCUGUAUUAUGACAAAGUUAUCUCUAAGCAUAAAAAUAUAGAAGAAAUUCCACAGAAGCCUGCAGACAUAUAUCUCUGUGACAACUGUGACAGCCACUUUGAUGAUUUAGAUAUAUUUACUGCACAUGAGAGGCUAUGUAAUAAUAAUGACAACAUACCAGCAAAUGCUGAACCAUGUGGAGCUUUGCCAGAGUUUCUAUCUGCUUUAAAGUUAUUACCACUUGGCCAAAACUUCGAGGGAUCUUCGUCUGUAAAUAUUAAUAAUGAUGUAAGGCCUAGAAAUUUAAGAACUACUGCUACAGUGGACCGUGGGCCUCCAUAUCCUUUCUCCUCACUGGCCUACAUACGAAAUAUUAGAUCAACUGUACAGAGGGACACAACCUAUUGUAGAGACAGAAUUGAAAGGUUUUGUUGCACCACAAAUCCUGUUAGUAGCAGUAAACAGUAUAACUUUAAAGGCAAAAAUCAGCAGUUUCCUAUUAGGUAUAGAAGACCUAUAGAGUAUUGGCAAAGAAAACACAUAUUUCCCCACCAGAGAAAGAAACAUGUACUCGAUAUCAAAGCUCAGUUGCUGUUUUUGAAAUGUAGACCGAUCUCUGUUAAAGUAGAGAGGAUGUCAUUAGAAAGUAUAGAGCAAUAUAUUGAUAACCUCAGAAAGGAAACUGAGAAGAAACAAGAAAGCUUAGCAGAUAAGGAUAUAGUGUUUGUGGACGGACUUGAGUGUGAUCAACCUCCAGACAUUGAGAUGAAGUUGUUAGAUCCAUUGAAACGUGUUGAUAAUGACUGUGAAGUGAUAGACCUGUGUUCUGAUGAUGAGACUCCUAGUGUUAAUGAAAAUUGUGAUCCCCGUGCUGGAGUGACAUGUGUAAUGCGAGGAGGGGCAGUAUUGCGGCGCACGGCAGCUACACCACAGUCCCUCCCUGCAGAGCCCUGUGGUGCCAGACAGCGCCCACUUACUGCCGCUAUACUACAGCCGCACCCUGUAAUACUCAUAGCACAUACUUUGAACAAUUUACAGACCAUAUCCCUAGAUUGA